AUGGGUGCCGCGCUCUUGGCGUCUUGGCCAUGGGACAACCUCGGCUUCUACAAGUACCUUCUGUACGGCCCGCUGGUGGGCAAGGCGGUGGCGUCACGGGCGUGGGAGGCGGCGAGCCCCGACCGCUGGAUCCUCCUCCUGCUCCUCCUCUUCGGCCUCCGCGCCCUCACCUACCAGCUCUGGAGCUCCUACAGCAACAUGCUCUUCGCCACGCGCCGGCGCCGCGUCGUCCGCGACGGCGUCGACUUCCACCAGAUCGACAAGGAGUGGGACUGGGACAACUUCCUGAUCCUGCACGUCCUGAUGGCGGCCACGGCGCUGUACGCGUUCCCGUCGCUCCGCCACCUCCCGCUCUGGCCGGUCGACGCCCGGGGCCUCGCCAUCACGGCCCUCGUCCACGCCGCGGCCACCGAGCCCCUCGCGGUGCCGCAGCCGUUCACGGCCGGCCUGGCCACGCCGCUGGAGCACAUGGUGCUGGGCUCGCUCAUGGCGCUGCCCCUCGCGGCCGCGUGCGCAGCCGGCUCCGGCUCCGUCGCGCUCGCCUUCGCCUACGUGCUCGGCUUCGACUUCCUCCGCGCCAUGGGACACUGCAACAUCGAGGUCGUCCCCAACUCGCUCUUCCAGGCGGUCCCGGUCCUCAGAUACCUCAUCUACACCCCGACGUACCACGCGAUCCACCACACCAAGAAGGAGGCCAAUUUCUGUCUCUUCAUGCCGCUGUUUGAUCUGCUGGGUGGCACCAUCGACCCGCAGUCGUGGGAAAUGCACAAGAAGAUGAGCGCAGGUGUGGACGAGGUGCCGGACUUCGUGUUCCUGGCGCACGUGGUGGACGUGAUGCAGUCGCUGCACGUGCCCUUCGUCCUGCGGACCUUCGCCUCCACGCCCUUCUCCGUGCAGCUCUUCCUGCUGCCCAUGUGGCCCUUCGCCUUCCUCGUCAUGCUCGCCAUGUGGGUCUGGUCCAAGACCUUCGUCAUCUCCUGCUACAACCUCCGCGGGCGGCUGCACCAGAUUUGGGCCGUCCCCAGAUACGGCUUCCAGUACUUCUUGCCGUUUGCCAAGGACGGCAUCAACAAGCAGAUCGAGCUCGCCAUCCUCAGGGCCGACAAGAUGGGCGUCAAGGUCCUCAGCCUUGCAGCCCUAAACAAGAACGAGGCGCUGAACGGCGGCGGCACGCUGUUCGUGAACAAGCACCCGGACCUUCGCGUGCGCGUCGUCCACGGCAACACGCUGACAGCGGCGGUGAUCCUGAACGAGAUCCCCAAGGGCACGGCGGAGGUGUUCCUGACGGGCGCCACGUCCAAGCUCGGCAGGGCCAUCGCGCUGUACCUGUGCAAGAAGAGGGUCCGCGUCAUGAUGAUGACCCUGUCAACGGAGCGGUUCCAGAAGAUCCAGAAGGAGGCGCCGGCGGAGUUCCAGCAGUACCUGGUGCAGGUGACCAAGUACCCGUCCGCGCAGCACUGCAGGACGUGGAUCGUCGGCAAGUGGCUGUCGCCGCGGGAGCAGCGGUGGGCGCCGCCGGGCACGCACUUCCACCAGUUCGUCGUGCCGCCCAUCUUCGGCUUCCGCCGGGACUGCACCUACGGCAAGCUCGCCGCCAUGCGCCUCCCCAAGGACGUGCAGGGCCUGGGCGCCUGCGAGUACUCGCUGGAGCGCGGGCGGUGCACGCGUGCCACGCCGGCGGCGUCGUGCACUUCCUCGAGGGCUACACGCACCACGAGGUGGGCGCCAUCGACGUCGACCGCAUCGACGUCGUCUGGGAGGCCGCGCUCAAGCACGGCCUCCAGCCCGCAUGAUCCGAUCCGUUUCGUGGCCCGGCUCGACCGCCUCUAUUGUAGGAGCCAGCAGCCCGAAACGCAUGGGCCUGGCUUUGUCACUUUCCCUUUGUUUUCCUAG